AUGCAGACCUGCGCCGAUUCUGCCUUCUGCACUCGCCUGCGCAACGCCCCCGGCCCCGGCUUUGCCAUCGACCCCACCAGCGUGAGCGUGAGCGGUGCCCAUGUGGUGGCCCAUCUGGCCUCCCCCGCCGCCCCCGGCGCCACCCUCAUCCUGCGCCUGAUCAGCAUGGGGGGCAUCGUGCGCCUGCACAUCAACGAGCUGGACGGGACGCGCUUCGAGGUGCCGGGCAUCCUGGUGCCCUCGGCCUCUGCCUCCCAACAGGAGUGGACCAUCGUGUCCCAGUCCAGCUCUGCCCUGCAGCUGAGGACAUCCAGUGGCGCCACUGCAUCGCUGAACUUCUCACCAGUUGCCCUUUCUGUCACCGCAUCGGACGGCACGCACGUGCUGACCUGGAACGCCGACGGCCACUUUGCCUUUGAGCAUACCCGCACCAAGCAGGAGAAUGAUCCGGCCGGGUGGUGGGAGGAGACUUUUAACGGCCACGUGGACUCCAAGCCCCGCGGACCCAACGCCAUCGGCUUUGAUGUCCUGCUGCACGACACGCAGCACGUCUUUGGGCUGCCAGAGCGCGCGACCCAGUUCUCUCUGGCGCCCACCAUUGACGACAAUGGGACUGUCAGCGAGCCAUACCGCCUCUACAACCUGGACGUGUUUGAGCACCUCUCCAACUCGCCCUUUGGCCUCUACGGCUCCAUCCCCUACCUGAUUGGCCACCGCUCCGGCCAAACCACCGGAGUCUUCUGGCUGAACGCGGCAGAGAUGUAUGUGGACGUGGUGAAGAGCGUCGCCGGCACCAGCACCCGAUGGAUCGCUGAGAGCGGCGUGCUGGACCUCUUCUUCCUCCUAGGGCCCUCGCCCCCAGAGGUGGCACGGCAGUACCAUGUGCUCACGGGCGGCACCGCCAUGCCUCAGCUCUUCUCCCUGGGGCACCACCAGUGCCGCUGGAACUACAAAGAUGAGGCGGACAUCGCGGCGGUGGAUGCUGGGUUUGAGGAGCAUGCCCUGCCCUAUGAUGUGCUGUGGCUGGACAUCGAGCACACCGACGGCAAGAGAUACUUCACCUGGGACAAGGCCUACUUCCCAAACCCGAUUGCGAUGCAGAGCGACCUUGCGUCGCGGGGGCGCAAAAUGGUGACCAUCGUGGACCCCCAUAUCAAGAGCGACCCAAAUUACCGUGUGUUCAAGGAGGCGGAGGAGAAGCAGCUGUUUGUCAAGACCAAGGAUGGCGCAGACUUCAAGGGGCACUGCUGGCCCGGGGAGAGUGCGUACCUGGAUAUGCUCAACCCUACAGUUCGCGAUUGGUGGGCCGACCAGUUCUCGACGUCGGUGUACGAAGGCAGUACGACUGACCUGUACAUCUGGAACGACAUGAAUGAGCCGUCGGUGUUCAAUGGCCCCGAGAUCACCAUGCCCAAGGAUGCGCGGCAUGUCCAGGGGGUGGAGCACCGGGACCUGCACAAUGCCAACGGACUCUUCUACCACAUGGCCACGGCCUCGGGGCUGAGGCGGCGCGGGUACAAGGAGGUGGACACCGUGUCAGGGGACCGCCCCUUCGUCCUGUCCCGCGCCUUCUUCUCCGGUACGCAGCGCGUGGGGCCCAUCUGGACCGGGGACAAUGCGGCGGAGUGGGCGCAUCUAGAGGUCUCCAUCCCCAUGCUGCUCUCCCUCAACGUCGCGGGGCUGCCCUUCUCUGGUGCAGAUGUCGGCGGCUUCUUUGGCAACCCCGAGCCUGAGCUCCUCGUGCGCUGGUACCAGGUGGCAGCGUUUUACCCCUUCUUCAGGGCGCACGCUCACAUCGAGACCAAGCGCCGAGAGCCAUGGCUAUUUGGGGAGGAAACCACAGGGCGCAUUCGCUCCGCUCUGCAGCAGAGGCGGCGCGGGUACAAGGAGGUGGACACCGUGUCAGGGGACCGCCCCUUCGUCCUGUCCCGCGCCUUCUUCUCCGGUACGCAGCGCGUGGGGCCCAUCUGGACCGGGGACAAUGCGGCGGAGUGGGCGCAUCUAGAGGUCUCCAUCCCCAUGCUGCUCUCCCUCAACGUCGCGGGGCUGCCCUUCUCUGGUGCAGAUGUCGGCGGCUUCUUUGGCAACCCCGAGCCUGAGCUCCUCGUGCGCUGGUACCAGGUGGCAGCGUUUUACCCCUUCUUCAGGGCGCACGCUCACAUCGAGACCAAGCGCCGAGAGCCAUGGCUAUUUGGGGAGGAAACCACAGGGCGCAUUCGCUCCGCUCUGCAGCAGAGGUACCGCAUCCUGCCGCAGCUGUACACCCUCUUCCUGCACGCCAAUGCCACCGGCGCCCCCAUCAUGCGCCCGCUCUGGUGGGAGUUCCCGGGGGACGCCCUGAUCUACGCCGUGCACAACGCCUUCAUGCUCGGCGACUCCCAGCUCGUAGUGCCCGUGCUGCGCCAGGGCGCCAACGACACCGUGGUGGUCCUGCCCGGCGACGGUUUGUGGUACGACGGCACCAUGGGGCUCCAGCUGGACGCCGCGGCGCCCGGCCGGAAGCUGUUCCGGGUGGCCACCUCGCUGGACGCGCCGGUGCAGACCUACCUGCGUGGCGGGUCCACCCUGGUCCUCCGGGAGCGGCCACGUCGGUCGACCCGGGCCAUGGCCAAGGAUCCGCUGACCCUGGUCGUGGCUCUGGAUCGGAGCGGUGGUGCGAGGGGGGACCUCUACAUGGACGACGGCCGCAGCUACGCCUACCAGGCCGGCGAGUUUGUCUAUGCCCAGAUCACCAUGAAGGGCGGCGUGCUGGAGUGGGGGCCCGGGGACCAUGCUCAGAUGGGGCUGCCUCCUCCGGCCCCCGGCUACGACCCAGAGGUCUACGUCGAUCGCGUCGUGGUGCUGGGACUUGAGGGCGGCCCCCAGGACUGGUCCGCAGUGGCCGUGGCGGGGGCUGUGGGCCCGCGGGUGGCGCUGGACGCCGCCCCGGGCCCCGUCCAGGUGGCAUCGGAGGGGCCAUCGCUGGCGCUGGUGGUGCGGCGACCGCACCUGCCCGUCCGCGGCACCUGGUCCAUAGAGUUCCGCAGCGAGCGGGCAAGCUCCUGA